GAAAGACGCAGUUUGGGUCGAUAAUCCUGGCGCGAAAUCUUUAAAUUUACACACUUCAUAAAUUCAACACGUUACACUUGAAUAUUAGACUGAAUAUUAGACCGCUGGACAACAGACAACACAUCUGAAUCGGAAGAUAAACAUGUCAGAGGCGAAGCGGUGAGCUCGCUAUUGUCUUGUUUUGUUUUGUUAUCAUGUGUCAGAGGUCGCCGGUGAUGUGUGACGAAACGAAGAUGAGCGAGACCGGAGCGGAGAGGAACCGGGACGUGAAGCCGCGGAGGUCGGUGUGUGUGUACGACUGCAGACCGGAGAGCAGCGCCGCGCCGCCGCGGGCCGUCGACAUCUCGGAGGCGGACUACAGCGGCUUCCUGCGGGCUCUGAGACAGGAGUUUUCACUGUCGACAAACGAGACUUUUGUUAUCAGCACGACGGACCGAGGAGAGAUCGACGCAGAACUUUACAAGGAGCUGGUGGAUGGGAAAACCUUGCACCUGUUUGAGUCUGCGAAUCAGAAGCUGACUGCGGCGACUGAAGAGCGGAUCGAGUUUUUGCCGCACUACCAUACUCUGGUGCAGUGUGGCAUGUACGAGUACUACGCUAGUGAAGGACAGAAGGCGCUGCCCUAUGCCUUCGCUGAGCUCAUCGAUAACGCGCUGUCAGCCACAGCAAGAAACUCAGGAAUCAGGAGAAUUGAAAUCAGAUUGCAGUUUGAUGAGUCUCAGGGAGGACCUGCUGUUGUGGUGAUGGAUAACGGCUGUGGAAUGACAUCUAAACAGCUGAACAACUGGGCCGUUUACCGUCUGUCCAAGUUUAUACGAGAAAACGGCAUGAAGAGUGAAGAAACCGGUUACGUGCGGCCGGAUCCAGUUCCGCGCAGUCUGAACAGUGACAUCUCUUAUUUUGGAGUCGGAGGCAAACAGGCUGUGUUUUACAUCGGCCAGUCUGUCCGAAUGAUCAGUAAACCUGCAGGCUCUCCAGAUGUUCAUGAAUUUAUCAUGUCUAAAGAAGACUUUGAGCGCAAGCAGAUGAACAAGGAAGUCAUUUACUCUGGCUUCAUUAGAAACAGGAAGCCUGGCGAUUACUCACACGUGAAUGAAAGCGAGGAGCCGUUUCUGCGGUCCAUUGUGACUGAAGAAGAAGGAAAGGAGAGUUUUACUGCAGUUGUCAUCACUCGAGUCCAACAGGAACACGUCACCUUCCUGAAACACAAUUUCAGUCUGUGGACCAGAGAGUUGGCGCAUACUUACCAUUACUAUAUACAUGGAGUUGAUGGAAACGACCAGGAAAAAAUUAGAAUAAAUGACCACGUCUCCAACAUUGACAUUCAGAUCACUUUGCUCGAGCGCUCUCCUCGAGUCCCGCGUAUGAUGAAUCUGAGGGAGGUGGAGAAUGACAUGCAGACUCUGUAUAUCAACUCUAGUUUUUCUACAUUUGAGUUCAAAGCCACCGGCGCCGGAGAUUCCUUAGUGGAGGGAUUGAUCCGUUAUCACCCAUUCCUCUACGAUCGAGAAACAUACCCAGUGGAUCCAUAUGCAUUAGGUCCGUCAGAGGAUGAGGAUGAAGAUUGUGUAAUUCUGAACUCUGAAGCUCGGGGCAAGCGGCCGAUCUUUGAGUGCUUCUGGAAUGGGCGGCUCAUUCCCUACACAACUGUUUCAGACAGUAAUAAACUGCUGCAGAAAAAUUUGGUUCCAUGCAAAAAGGAACCAAAGGAGUUGUAUGAUGAGCUGAGGAUCGUUCCCAUCUCUAAGAUCGACAGGCUUGCUGCAGCUGCAAACAUUAAGAAGAAAAUCGAGGAUGAGCUCGCAAAACUUCCAGAUCAGCUGAGGGUUACGUGGCCUGAGGGAAACGCCUGGGCUGAGAAUGAAGCUCGACCGGCUGGCACACCCAUGGGUCCAAUUAAAGUGGAGAUUUUGAACAAAAAAGGAGACUCGAUGUCUCGGCUGCCCGUGGCUGGCACUACUAAGAAACUGUUGAUGGAGCUAAAAGUCAUCUGGCACUCUCCUAAAGGGGACGUCCAGACGAACUCCCACAUUGGUGUUCAUUCAUCCAAGUGGGAAUACUGGUUCAAGCCCAUGGGUAAAAAUCAGCGAAUCAUCACAUGUGUUCAUAUUCGAUUCCAUUGA